GUAAGUCAUUGAUGCGCUUGGCAUUACUCGAACCCCAGACCCCAACCUUUAACAACAUUCCAAUAAGAUGAGUUGUCACCAAUUGAUCUAACCUACAUGGGGAAGUCAAUGAGGACUGACAUGUGAGGGGUUAAGGGUCGGUGCCCUGCAGGGCUGUGAGCAGGGUUCCGAGUAAGCGGGAUGGGUUGUAACAUAAAAAGUCGACUUUUAUUUUAACAAUCUGCCCGGUGGGAACUACCUGUCCCGUGAACCCCAGGCUGGCCAUGCAGGACAUCGACCCCAACCCCUCAAUUAUGAGCCCUCACUGACUCCCCCAUGUAGGUUAGAUCAAUUGGUGACAACUCAUCCUAUUGGAGUGUUCUUAAAGGGAGAGGUCUUGGGUUCGAGUAACGCCAAGCGCAUCAAAUAACCUACAUGGGAGAGUCAGUGAGGACUCACAUGUGAGAGGUUAGGGUCGGUGCCCUGCAGGGCUGUGAACCGGGUUCCGAGUGAGCGGGAUGAAUUGUCACAACCAUAAACCGGGAUGUUACAAUUCACCUUCUCUCAAAGAACGCAACGCCUUCGUUGCACCCCAAGAUCGUUAUCCAUGUUAGUGUGGUUUCUCAUUGAUUCCAAAUUUGUUUGGGUUCGAUUCUGAUACCAAUUAUAACGCCUCGGCCGCCUACAGUUAAUGGGUCACCUACGCCCGCUCACUCGGCCUUUGGCCCAUCCCAUCCGAUUGGUGGUACGUUAAUUCUUGAGAAGCUCAUUCUUCUUGUUUACUGACCCUGAAAUCACUACAUGACAUUUCCUUAUGAUUUGGCAUCGUGAAUCACUUCCGAUAGGUCAUCCAUCAUUAUACUACUCCAGCUCAACCAUGAUUAAUUCCGGAAUUCUAAACGAAUGUGUGACGGAAAAGUUAAGUACACUUUGAUGAUAUAGAUAACCAAAUCAAUUCUCUUAAUCAUUUUCUAUAUACCACGGACAGGAUGUUACAGUAACAUUUUUGUUGUGUAAUGUUUGGGUAGAUGUAAAUGUGAUAGUUUUUGAUUAUCUGUUUUUAUAAAACCUUGAUAUUAUUUGGUUCAGUACUUGUAUUAUUCAGUGAAAACAAAAUUUUGUAAUCGCGGAUAAACCGUAAAUCACCUUUGCUGGUUGCUGAAUUUAAAUUCACAUGAGCAAAUGAAACUGGAAAAUGAAAAGUAAUAAAAUAGGUGAUGUGUAACUUUUUUUUUCGAUGCGUAACUCUUGUAAUUGGAAUUGAUAACCAGUUGUAUAUUUUUAUAAAGCACGCCGAGAAGUUUAUUAUUUUUGUAUAAAAGCUUUAGAUGAUGAGCAUUGCAAAUAUUGUCAAUAUGCCAUCAUACGUUUUUUAAUUACAAUGCGUAAAAUAAUUUAACACUAUGUAUUCCUUGUAGCCAUUUCACCAGAAAUGAAAAAUGCGAUAUCAACAGCAGCACCAAAUGAAUCAAUGAUAAUGAUAUUUCCUUUUUUUUUGUGGUAUGAAUAAUAAAUACCAUUCACACGGAUAGAAUAAUAAUGGUUUAUUCAAUAAUAACUCGAACCAAAAGAUGUGUAGAAAAUUUUCCUGACAAACUUAUAGAAAAUAGAGAGUAGCACGUUACAUUUUUUUAUCUGCAUGACUCCCCCCACCCUAGGUGAAUUAAAUUUUGAAAGUAUCAAAUUCCUUGCUUCCAUCAAAGUUUUCAACACUUGGGUUUAUAAGUUUAGUAAAAACAUAGAUACGAUACGAAAAGUUGCUUAGCUGAAGCUUACUUUUUUUUGAUCAAUUCAAACUCUAUGGGUUUCCAAUCAAGUGGUGUUAAUAAGCAUAAAAUAAUAGGUAAUCGCUAUUAAUAUAUUUACCUUUUUAAUAUUUUAUACAUACUUAUCUUUCCUGUGAGCUGUAUAAGGGAAAUUGUUAGUUCAGAAUUCCAACCACAAUUAUUAAUGAAGAAGAAAAUCACAUAUAAAAAGUAAUGUGAAAUCAUUAUAUUAAUUCAAAGGUAAAUAAAAUAAAGUCGGAGCGAAAAUGCACAUCGAGGACAUCGCUAUUAUUUUUAUUGGCAGAAACCAUUUAUUAAGGCAAAAAAAUAUACAUAUAUAUAUAUAUAUACGGUGAUUAAAAUGGUUCGUUCUUAUCUAUACGCCAUGACGCUUUGUUUAAUUACUCUUAUUUUCUGAAUUAGAUGUGCAUUUCUAUUGGUAAGACUUAAUGCUUCUUCGUGGUCCCAACAAAAUUAAGUUUAAAAUAUUUCUACAAUUCAUGAUUGAUUCAUAUUUCUAAUUUAACUUGUUGUAAUUUCACCAAAACUUUAAUACAGAAUGAUAGGAAAUUAAUUUUGUAUUUAGUUUUUUGGUUAAUUUUAAAUUAAGAAAAUAUUAUGUCUCAUAUACAUUUUUAAAAAAUGUAAACCUAGAACACAAACCACAAAUCAUAUAAAAAAUAAUAAUCUUGAUAACAACUAAAGUAUAUCUGGGCUGACUUUAAUAUUUACAUAUAUAUAUAUAUAGUUUUAUGACGCUUGAUACGUUUAUGCUGGCCCCAUGUAAUUGUCAUUCUUGCCUUUAGCUUUCUUAAAAUUUUUUUUUUGUUAAAAAAUCUUUCUUUAAUUGUUAGCGUUAGUUAAAAUGAAAUAAUUUCCUGUAUUAUUUAUUUAUUCAUUAUUUUAGCAGCCUAGUUUUACUUCUCCUUUACUCCAACCCCGAUUAUUAUUAAUUAAGGAAAUUUUAUUUUCAAUUGGAAAAAUUAUUAUUUAGAAAUAAAAUAGAUAACUGACGGCAAGAAAAAUUGUAGGCACGCCAUGUUCGCCUUUUACAAAAUGUUUCUUUAUUUAAAAUAAAUGAAUUUUGUAUACUACGUUAUUUUUGUCCACUAUACUGUUUAUUAGUUUACUAACUUUUCUAUUUAUUAAUCCCCUCCCGUCGGAUCCAGCUACAAACACGAAUAUCUAUAUAUUCCAAAAAAAGUUAAUAUAACACAUAUAACACGCAAUUCUACAUUUCAUUAUCACCAUUAUUUUAUUUAUUCAAGAUUAAAAUAAAAUGGGAAGACAUGGAAAAAGUUACAGUGUAAAUUAGCUGAAACACACCUUACAAUAUAAAUGAAAAAUUGAAAACCCAUUAGAAAAAAAAAGAGAAAACAGUAUUAUUUUAUUUCGAUAUUUCCAAAAUCAAAAACACACAAUUUAUAUAUAUAUUUUUGGUCAAUUAUCUCAAAUAGUCAUUUUAAGUUUUUUAUCAUAAAAUAGCCUUAAAAAAUGGUUAAAAUAGUUUUUUUAUUUUGAAAAUUUUAAUAUUUUUUUUAAAACAAUUUUGAAGCCCUAACUCCAAAAUCUCACUUUUUAACUCUAAAUUUUAAGUCUAGAAUAGUUAAUCCUAAAAUAAAAAAAAUAUUUUUUUAUAAAACUUAUUUUGGUGUUUUUCUUCAAUGAGUAUUAUUUUUGUGACAAAAACUUAAAAAAAUGGUUAUUCUGGAGAAGUUUUCUAUAUUUUUCUCAUGUAAAUCACAAAGCAUAAAUAAAUCUAUUUUCCCCAGCUUCCUCUCAAAUUUUUAACUAAUUUUCAAGGUGUGUUCUGUUCUUUGCCAUAUAUUUCUUCCCUUAAAACAUAUCUCCUUAAUAUUUACAUUUUCAGUAUGAUUUUUUUGUUUUAGAUCUUAAUUAUAUUUCUUUGUUAAUUAAAUUUCUUUCUGUUCUUAAUCUCGUGUUUGAGUAUCUUUAAUCAAACCCCGAAAUUUAAAUGAAUUAAUGAAAAACAGAAUAAAAAGGAAAAGCUAAUGGUUUUAGAGAUGGAGUCUACCGGCGAAGUUAGAUCAACGGCCGGUAACGGCGGCGGUAUCACGGUUGUGGGAUCCGACUCGCCGUCAGAUUUUCACAUAGCUGCGAGAUCAGAAAGCUCAAAUCCAUCACCUAAAUGCGUCGCUCCUCCACUACCACAGUCCCAUCACACGAACCAGCUCGCCAUAGUAGCUCCGCCGCCGCAAAUUUCUAUGGCGGCGACGACGAUGAUGGAAGGUAUCUCCGGCGUACCGAUGAAGAAGAAACGUGGACGACCUAGGAAGUACGGUCCAGAGGGAGCAGUUGUGGCGUUAUCUCCUAAGCCAAUCUCAUCGGCGCCGGCACCCUCGCAUCCUCUUCCGGCGAGUUCACACGUCAUCGAUUUCUCCGCCUCUGAAAAACGCAGCAAAAUGAAACCAACAAACUCUUUUAACAGAACAAAGUUUCAUCACCAAGUCGAGAAUUUGGGUGAAUGGGUUCCUUGCUCCGUCGGUGGUAAUUUCACACCACAUGUAAUUGCGGUCAACGCCGGUGAGGAUGUAACGAUGAAGAUAAUAUCGUUUUCUCAACAAGGACCGCGUGCCAUUUGUGUUCUAUCAGCAAACGGUGUCAUUUCAAGUGUAACACUUCGUCAGCAUGAUUCAUCCGGCGGUACAUUAACAUACGAAGGUCGCUUUGAGAUAUUAUCAUUGUCCGGUUCAUUCAUGCCUAAUGACAUAGGCGGAACUCGGAGUAGAACAGGAGGAAUGAGCAUUUCUUUAGCAAGUCCUGACGGGCGCGUAGUAGGCGGUGGUGUUGCCGGUUUACUAGUAGCCGCAAGUCCGGUUCAGGUGGUUGUAGGAAGUUUCAUAGCAGGAAAAGAUCAGGAAGAUCAUUAACCGAAAAAGAACAGACAUGAUUUCAUGUUGUCGAGCCCAACCGCGUCGAUUCCCAUCUCUAGUACAGCUGAUGACCAGACAAUAUAUUCGGUCUCGUCUCUUCCGAUCAGUGUCGUGAGAACGUUUUCAGGGGCCUAAGGCAAUUUUUUUCUUUUGACAAUAUUUGAGGCAGUUUUUUUCUCAAAUGAUAUUUUCAUUUAAGAUUUUGGUCUGUUCACAUAAAACUAAAAUAGUAGAUAUAGUGACUAUGUUUAUAAUUGAAAUCUAAAAAGAGAAUCCAAACUAAAUUCUAGAAAAAAAAAGAUAUAUACAAUCAACCUUUUUUUUGUGAUCCAAGAAACAAGUCUUCUGAUAUUAACGUCAAUUUAACUUGAAAAAUCUAAUCAUCCUCUGUAUUUUUUUGUUCCUUACUAAGUUCAUUUCGGAUUUUCAACAUUAGCCAUUAUAAGUGUUCUACUAAACUGGUAGUUUUAAGGGUUUAAAAGUCGUAUAAGCUGGUUCCAUUGUUGUUGCAUGAUCUAGCUUUAUUUC